UAUGACAAAUUGACUUGUGUUGUGAGGAUACCACAUUGUGAUAUCCACGCACCAGGCUAGACGUGUACGGAUUUUGUACACAAAACAUGCUGUAUGAUUGUGCAAUUUUGUGUGUUUUUCCUCCAUGGUUUUUGUAACUUCUGAUUUUUUUUACGCUUGUGUAGCGUUUGUCAGAAGUGUGUACUUCUCAAGCUGAAACGAAAAACGAAAAGAAAAAAUAGGCAUAAAAAUGACUUCCUAUUUUGAUGAACAUGACUGUGAGGAAACCAAUGGUUCCGGCCCAGAUGCCAAUACGCUUUUACGAUGGGCAAGGUUAUUGAGGAAUGACAUUCAGGCUUUUGUAGCUAGUUUUGAUGGGCGUGACAUUUUUGAUGAGGAGAGAACACGCCCCCCUGCCUCCAAGGACGUAGUGGCCAAGUUACCGGACAAGGUAGUUGGUAGAUACGAAGAUUCGAGAUGCCCCGUCUGUCUAGUUGGGUACGGUUUGGGAGAAACAUGCAAACAGCUCCCCUGUAAGCACAAUUUCCAUCCCGGCUGCAUUUUACCCUGGCUGGCCAAGACCAACACUUGUCCUGUCUGCCGUCACGAGUUGCCGACCGACGACGAGGAGUAUGAGGAAUUCCGAAGAGAGAAGGCAAGAGCCCAACAGCGAGCCUUUGAGAGAGAAUCCCUCCACAGCGCUAUGUUCACUUGAUCACGACAACUUCAGAGGUGCUCCGAUGCAUGGCAAAUUUGUAAAACCACAGACGUUAAGAACUUUUAUUUGACGUUAAGGAUAAUACAAAAGUAGUUUGUUUUUAACUUUGCCCCAACUUAGGAAUAAUUGAGAAACAUGAUUUGUCAUUUUACAUAGUGCCAGGCAAAGGCAUAAAUAGGGUGUAAUGUCUGGGGGACAUGGGGUGCACAAUGUAGGCACAAAUUGGGGGGGAUGUAUACCCCAUUUUUAUGUGGAGGAUGGUAUAUUGAAUCCCCCCCACUUUCUCAUGGUGAGAAACAAAUUAAGAUGGAUUGCGAAGAAUUUUUUGGACUUGCCAAAAAUGUAUUCAAUAGCACUAACAAUGGAGAACAAUUAAUAGAAGUCAUACAUACGCUGUUUUGAUGUAAGGUUCAAAAGCAGUGUAAAAUACGUUGCAGAUGUACACCCAUACAGAGUUGUGUCAAAGAGUAAUGCCAGCUUCGGAUAUCGGAACCAAAAUGGCUUUGCAGUACGCAUAAUCCACCAUUCAGGUUUUAACUCUCGAGACACUUAUGUUGCAACUCUCUCUAUAAACUGCUCGGCAUCUGUAUCAUGAACAUCGCCCUCUACAUUGACUGGAGCAUCAGUAUUCCCCCUCCCACUCUCUAAAUUUCUGUCGCUGGGCAAGUCACAGUUUUUCAGGGAGGUAGGAAAAGCCCAUGAACCGCUUGAACCGAUGAAUUCUACAUCGGUUGUGUACAUCCUCAUGUACAUUGUGAUUCUCAUGCAAAGGUUCUCAAAGCCAAAUCAGGAAAUCAGUUGAAGAUUCUCUUAUUCUAGCACAGAUACUUUAAAGCAGGAAAAAUACUUCACAAAGACAAGUUUUUUUCUUAACGCAAAAACACUUCAAAGAAUGAAGGCAUUAGAGGUUUGUCUCAUCAUAUGCAAGCUCUCUGUUUGCACGGUUUCACCUCAAUUUCUCAAAAAAAGUUGGUCAUUGUAUUCAAUCGACCAGCUAGAAUACUGUAACAUUACAUCACCAUGUUCAAAAUUAGUAACUAAAUCCUUGUUACCAAUUAAAAUAUGAUGUGAACUAAGUGACCAAUGUCAA